AUGGCAUCAUUACGACCAUGUCUUACUUUAGUGCCGAAAACAGUCGGUCGGAGACAAUUUAGCUUAAGUCUACGUAGACGUUUACAGGAUAAUUGGGACCAAGAAGCUUUACCUGGCUCGAAUGUGCCAUUCAACACUUCCAGCAAAUGGGGACUAGCAGCAACUUUAAUUAUCUAUAUCUCAUCGGCUGUGGCUGUUCCAUUCUUUGCUAUGCGUUGGCAAUUACUUAAAAAACGUGCCGGUUAA